AUGCCGACUGCCAGAAGUAUUGAUUAUGUUAAAGAAAGUUUUAUAUCUGGAUUGUCUACAAUCAAUAUUGGACCUAUUAAAGCAUUCAAUAUUAUGAAAACAAUGUAUGGUGGUUUUGGUGAAGUUGGUGCUAGUAAAGUUGAUUGUAAGAACUAUAGAAGGGAUUUGAAUAUUUACAUAGGAGAGUAUGAUGCAGAAAUGGUAGUUAGGCGUCUUAUUAGGAAGAAAGAAUGUUGUCCUAGUUUCACAUGUGAUUAUGUUAUUGGUGAAGAUAGAAGAUUGAAAGGACUUUUCUUGGCUGAUGAGCAAUCAAAAACAAAUUAUACAGUGUUUGGUGACAUAGUUGGUUUUGAUGCUACUUAUAAAUCAAACAAAUAUGAUUUGGUUUUUGUUCCAUUUACUGGGAUUGAUAAUCAUUUUAGGAAUGUCACAUUUGGUGGUGCAUUACUUGGUUCUGAGACUGCAGAUUCUUAUAGAUGGCUUUUAAAGUGCUUUGUUAAUGAUUUUGGAAAUGAGCCUAAAGUUGUUGUUACUGAUCAAGAUGUUGUAAUGAAGAGAGCUAUUAAGGAUGUACUUUCAAGAAGUAGGCAUAGGUUAUGUAUGCGGCAUAUAUGGGAGAAAUUGAAGACAAAGGUUGGUCCUGUUUUGUCAUCAAACAUUGAUUUUAAUACAAGAAUGACACAUGUUGUUUGGAAUGAUACUAUUAUUCCAGAAGAUUUUGAAACUGAGUGGCAUUCAAUAAUGUCUACUUUUGGAUUGGAAAAUCAUGAGUGGUUAAAAGAUAUAUACGAUCUUCGAUCUGAUUGGAUUCCCUCUUAUUACCAUGGAGAGAAUUUGGCUGGUCUUAUGCGUACUAUGUCUAGAUGUGAAAGCAAGAAUUACUUCUUUGGUCAGUUUUGCAAUCCAAGUUGCACACUUGUUGAUUUUUUCACUCAUUUUGAGACUGCAAUGGAUUUUCAAAGGCAUGAGCAUAGGAGGAAUGAUCAUGAUACAAGGUAUAUUCAGUCUAAGACAUGGAGUGACUUUGUAUCGGAGAAACAAGCAUCAGAAAUAUAUACCAAAACAAUUUUUAAAGAUAUUCAGAUUAAAAUUGAUGCUGCCAUUACAAAGUGUAUGUCAAAGUCUCAUGAUAUUGUGGGUGAUGUUCAAUAUUAUGAAAUAAAGGAUUUCAAACAGCCAUGCACAUGUUUAUUCAAGGUUCAAUACAACAAACAAGAAGAUGGUUUAAGUACAAGUCGUACUUGCAAACGAUUUGAACAAUUUAGUAUAUUGUGCCGCCAUAUAUUUUAUGUUCUACGGUAUGAUGAUAUAACUGAGUUUCCUAGAAGAUAUGUUCUUAGAAUAUGGAUGAGAGAUGUUGUUUCAAAUGGAUCAAUUCAUUGCAAUAUUUGGUUUGAUGAAAUUGGUAGGAAUAGUGAAAUUGAUAAAGUUUUUAGAGAAAUUGUUGUUGCAAAUGAGUAUGUGGUUAAUAGGUUGGUUGGGGAUUUAGAUGAGUUGUGUCAUUACAGAGAUCAUAUUAAAAGUUAUAUUGAUAAAGCGGAUGAGGUUAUGGUUGCUGCGCCGCCUCCUAGUCGCAAAGAAAGAUUUGUUGAUAUUGGAGGGAACUUAGAAAAGCCCUGA